UCUCCUAUUGGCUGGCUGGCCAAUCUCUCUCUCUCUCCCUCUCUCUGUGUCCGAACAUUUCAGACGUUUCGAUUAUGUUUUUCUAAACUCUCUGUUUCAUUUCCUCUUCUGGGCUUUUCAAUCUUUGGGACUGUCAAAGAGGGGGAUUCAAGAGUGAAAUUGGGGCCGAAGGUACAGGAUGGGAAGGGUAAAGCUAAAGAUAAAGAGGUUGGAGAAUACAAAUGGGCGUCAAGCAACUUAUGCUAAAAGGAAGCAUGGCAUCAUGAAAAAGGCUAAUGAAUUAUCUAUACUCUGUGACAUAGAUAUUGUUCUUCUCAUGUUUUCACCAACCGGAAAGCCUUCUUUAUGCAGUGGAAAACGCAGUAGCAUUGAAGAGGUUAUAGCAAAGUUUGCUCAACUAACUCCACAGGAAAGAGCCAAAAGGAAACUGGAAAGCCUCGAAGCACUGAAGAAAACAUUCAAGAAGUUGGAUCAUGACGUGAAUAUACAAGAGUUUUUGGGUACAAGUUCUCAAACAAUCGAGGAUCUGACUAACCAGUCUAGGUUAUUGCAAACCCAACUUUCCGAAAUAAAAAAGAGACUAAGCUGUUGGUCUAGCCCUGAUAAGAUCACCAGUGUAGAACAAUUGGGGCAAAUGGAAGAUUCAGUAAGAGAAUCGCUUAACCAGAUUCGGACACAUAAGGAAAACCUACAAAAGCAGCAACUUAUGUCGUUAGAGUGCACUAGUCAGUUCCAAAAUGGGUUGCAUAUACCUUUCAGCAUGAAUGCUGAGCAACAGCUGCAGCCUUUGUCAUGGAUUCCGACUAAUGAAAGCCGGCAUAUGGUUUUACCGGAGGACCCAAACUUGCUUCCCCAUAGGGAUAUGGAAUGCUCUGCAAGUUCCUCCUUUGGGAGUUAUUCUGGUUACCUUGGUACAGGAAAAAGUUCAGAGAUUUCUACUUCUGGGCAAGAAAAUGGUAUUCUUAAUGACUUAAGUAGAACUGCACCGCUGAGGCUACAGCUGGGUGGGCAAUUUCCUUACCUGCCGUACAAUCUCAAUAUGCUGACUGACACGAAAUUCCAGCCACCAGCAGAAAUGAGUCCUCAAGAAAACCCUGUGGAGUAUCAUGUUAAUGGAAGCUUUGAAGCUCCUAGACCCGAGUUUUACCCUACUCAGCAUAGUUGGGCCUCUACAUCUGGUCCUUGUGCUGUUACCAUGUUUGAUGAGCAUUUAUAUUCCCAGUCAAACUGAGGUUGAGUGAUUUUGUCGUUCAUCCGCUGAUGGGGAGUUGCUGGAGAAAUCUGUUUGAGUGCUUGAGAAGUUUACUCAUCCAUCAAGGUUUUCACAAUCAUAAUUUUUGCCGUGGAAAUAUAGAAGGCAACCCACUGAGUGUACAGCACGGGUUCAACACAUAACGGCCUUGUCAUUAGUCCCUUGCCAGAAGGAACGAUGGUGCUGACGCCCAACAAUGAAACACCAAAAUCUAAUGAGAGAUCUUCUGUGUGGUUAUUAUAUAUGAUAUAGGUUCUGUUGAGUUUCUUUUUGCCCUCCUCCCCCCAAUUCUUGACCGUCAAGGUUGCUAGUGGCAGUUUAGGAUGCUGCCUUCCCUUGCUCCCUCUCAGUAAACUGAGCUGUAAAUAAAAGUACAUACAACAAUAUAGUAUAAAAGCAUAAACAUAUUGGAAAAAUUUGUCAACAA